AUGGGACAGAACAACAAUGUCACAGAGUUUAUUUUCCUGGGCCUCACUCAAGAUCCUGCUGGGCAAAAAGCAUUGUUUGUAUUGUUUUCACUCAUCUACAUUGUGACAAUGCUGGGAAACCUGGUCAUUGCAGUGACAGUGAUUGCCAGUCCUUCUUUAAACUCCCCAAUGUACUUCUUUCUUUCUUGUCUGUCACUCCUGGAUGCUUUUUAUUGCAAUACCAUCUCACCAAAUUUGAUUAUAGAUUUAUUAUAUAAUAAGAAGUCUAUUUCCUUCAAUGCUUGCAUGGUCCAGCUCUUUGUAGAGCACUUAUUUGGUGGUGUUGAGGUCUUCCUUCUGGUAUUUAUGGCCUAUGAUCGCUAUGUGGCUAUCUGUAAGCCUCUACACUAUUUGACUAUUAUGAAUCAACAAGUUUGCAUUCGCUUGUUGCUGGUAGCUGGGGUUGGGGGCAUGGUACACUCUCUUAUUCAAGUUCUGUCUGUGUAUAAACUUCCUUUUUGUGGUCCUAAUGUCAUUGAUCACUUUAUGUGUGACAUGAAUCCAUUAUUGGGACUUGCAUGCACUGACACCUACUUCCUGGGAUUCACUGUCAUUGCCAAUGGUGGAGUAAUCUGUGUGGGAAUUUUCACCUUUCUCUUGGUCUCCUAUGGAAUCAUUCUAAACUCCCUUAAGACCCAUAGCCAGGAAGGGAGGCGCAAGGCCCUGUCCACCUGCAGCUCCCACAUCAUGGUGGUUGUCUGCUUCUUUGCUCCUUGUAUUUUCAUGUAUGCCAGGCCUGUUUCUAACUUUCCUAUUGAUAAAUACAUUGCUGUGUUUUAUACAGUUGUAAGUCCCAUGCUGAAUCCAUUGAUAUACACCUUGAGAAAUUCAGAGAUGAAAAAUUCUAUAAAAAAGCUCUGUUGUAAAACACAAAAAACAUAA